GAACUAGAUCCAUUCUUCCAUCUGUGUAAAAACUUCCUAAGCUGGAAGCGGCAGUCAGGAACUUCAAACAGUUGUUUUACAGUAGAAACUCCACCAUAAAUGACUGCAGGUCUUACUAUAGACACAAUACUAUGCGUCCGGGCACGCAGACAGAAAAUGAGAGCAAACGGCAGACUGCAGGCCAGUCUUUCAGGUCUAUUGUGUCUUCAUGGGCGCGGUCUUCUUCAUCGCGCAGGGCAGGGCAAGGUGCGCUUUUUUUUUUUUUUUUUUUCUCCCCUCACACCGCACGGACUCCCGUCCGCCUUCUCCAUUUUGAGACAGUCCGGACGCAGGUAGACAUGACGGCUCUGGACCCGCUGAAAAGCGUCAUGGCGCUGGGGAACGUGGACGACACGUCGCUGGCUCUGCCGUCCCGCCACAAGCAGCUGACGGGGGAGCAGCGAGUCCGGGAGCAAGUGCAGACUAUCAAGAGGACCAAGUCCAGGCACUUAAGCAGCAGGAGCGGGUCCACGUCUAUGUCCCCAACGAGCCCUUUGGAUGACUCUGUGUUUGUAGAUUUUGCAAAGUCAAGCACAUCCAAUGGAAGUGUCUUUUUGGGGAAUGGAUACUCAAAAAAUCAUAUCCAAGAGAAAAGCAUGAACAAACAAAGUCAGUCUUGUGUGAAAAAACAAACUGGCUAUCACUAUGAGAGGCGCUAUGGCGGCCCCGUUGGUGCUCUGCCAGUGGGGCAAAGAAACACCAGUCGCAGCGAGCCUGAUCUGGUCUGGCGGCGCUCCGUGGUACAACCCUCUGUUCCGUCACAGAGAAUGGUCUCCAAUAAGAACAGCUACGUGACACGGCGGAGCACCAGUCAGUAUAUAACAGGCCCCGCCCUACAUCCUCAGCCUCUGCAUCUCCCAAACGGCUCUGCUCAGACCAAAAUGAAUGGCAAAAUUAACGGCAAAAUUAACGGCCAGGUCAUUUCCAGUAAGACUAACAUCAGCCGGACGCAGUCACGACCUUCCAUGACCGAAUCUUCAUCCAAGAUCAAAGGACACUCUGGGGUGAAUGGAAACAGUGUCGUCACAGACAUUACUGUGAAGGAUGCUGUCAAGUUUCUCUCCAGUGAGGAUGAAGAAUAUCAGUACUGCGGCGCUUCCUUUAUCCAGCACAACACGUAUAAUAAUGACAAAGCUAAAGAAGAGGUUCUACAGUUGAAGGGGAUCCCAGCACUGGUGAAUCUAGUGUGCAGCCCCUGCUCCAGAGUCAGCCUGACAGCCUCCGCGGCGCUCCGUAACUUGUCUUUUAAAAACGACAGUACCAAGGAGGAGAUCCAUCACUGUGGAGGCAUCACAAAAGCUGUGGAGAAGCUCAAAGCGUCCAAAUCUGUAGACCUGCACAAGCAGCUAACAGGUCUUUUGUGGAAUUUGUCCUCAUCAGACAACCUGAGACCCGAUCUGCUGAAAAGUGCUCUCCCUGUCCUGAUGCCUGACCCAGCGGGCCCACAAAACACUAAAAGCACAGAAAGGCCAGAAAAGGACCCUGAUGUCUUUUAUCACGCUACAGGAUGUUUCCGAAACCUCAGCUGCGCUAAGCAAAACAGCCGACAGUUCAUGAGGACACAUCCUGGUUUGAUCGACUCUUUAGUCAGUUACGUUGAAAAAUGUGUGGCUGCAGAAAAACCUGAUGAUCUGUCUGUGGAAAACUGUGUGUGCGUUCUCCACAACUUGACGUUCCAGCUGGAGACCGAGGCUCCAAGUGUGUUCAAAAGGAUAAAUGCCUUGGCUAACCAGUCCAGCAAAAGCCAGACCCAGAACAGCUCCAGCUCUGUGGGCUGCUUUAGUUCACCGAGCAAAGCGCCCGAGGUUGAGCGUUGUUUUGACUACCCAUCUGUUGAGGAUCCACAGCCUAGUGGGGCUGGCUGGUUGAUUCACUCCAAAACACUGUCAAGUUACCUGUCUCUGCUUAAAAGAAGUAAGCGAGAUGAAACACUGGAGGCCUGCUGUGGAGCAAUGCGGAAUCUGACUGCACAUGAAGGCAUCGUGUUCAGUGUUUUAAGUCAAAUCAUUGUGAAGAACCUGAAUGGCAUGCAGAUUAUCACCCCCCUUUUGAGGUCAAGCAAAGUCAAUUUACAGAAGAACAUGCUGACGUUGGUAAGCAACCUGAUGAAGAACCCAAACCUGCAAAGUGCCAUAGGUGGUAAAGCCCUGCCAGAACUGCUGGAUCUCCUCCGUCAAGGUCCCAGCGGAGCACAUGACUCUGAUGACAACUUAGCAUUAGCUUGUCAGAUUGCCAGCUGCCUGAUUACCAAGGAACCUGAGAGGAACAAGAAACAUUUGAACUCCACCCUCAUAAAAUCACUGACUGAAUUGAGUGAAAACCGGUUUAUGCCAAAAUCCAGCAAAGCUGCAGGUGUUCUUCUCUACAAAAUCUGGUCAGAUAAAGAUUUGCAGAGCUUCCUGAAAAAGCAAGGGAUGAGCAAGUCCUCCUUUGUCAAUGACAUCACCGUGGCAGCUUACAAAUCAGCCCAAGUCGUUGAUUAGGAAUCUCUGAAAAGUCGCUCCCUGCACAUCCAAAGCAGCAGCCUUUCUCAUUUCAGAAGGACAGUUCACGUAUUUAUCCAUGCAUUCACGGAUCAGUGCUUGUAUAUCUCUGUACAAAUGUAAGAUGUUGUUUUCUUUGUAGAUACAAUGGUGAAGGUACUAGAAGACAUGACAGCAAUAGAAUUUCCUACUGGUUUUGACAGUUUGUCAUCUUGUGUACAUUUUCAAGGGUCUUUUUAAACACAGAGUAGCACAUAUGGAUUAUAUUUUGCACUGAAACUUUUGUUUAGUAUUGUCAAUGUGGAUUUAUGUAACAUGUAUUUGGAGAACUGAAAAUCCUCCUUCACAGAUGUAAGCCUACGAAGGAAUAUUUUACAAGCUUUACCAGUGCCACAAUCUUGAAUUGAUCUUUUUCUUCUAAUAAACAUAAAAGAAAUUUGCAGAAUAGUUGCUUGUCUUGAUCACAUGUAAAGCAUAAAGAUUUUA